AUGGCUCUGGUCUCUUUCUUUUAUGAGUUGGGAAUGUCUGCCAUAAGCAGUGUUUUGCUGUACUAUUUGAAAGCUGUUUUCGGCUUUAACAAAAAUCAGUUCUCGGAACUUCUGAUGAUGGUUGAAAUUGGUUCAAUUUUUUCUCAGAUUGUGCUGCUUCCAAUACUUAAUCCUUUGGUUGGAGAGAAAGUGAUUCUAUGUUUGGCCUUACUUGCAUCAAUAGCAUAUGUAAGUUUAUCUUUCUUUUCUUUUCAUCUUACAUGCUUCCUAAAACCAAAAUCACUUAUACCAUAG